AUGGCCAAUCCACGUCAACGAAGAAAGGCUCGAUCCGGGGCGACGAUGAAGCCGUCGAACAACGCCAAGAAGCAGAUGAAGAAGAAACUCGCGCGCGCACCCACCGUUCACGGCGCCGACAUUCUCAAAGAGUCGUACGAUCCUAAACUCACGCUGCGUCAGAACUACGCCAAGCUGGGUCUCAUCCCCUCGCUCGAUGUCCGACCGGACACGGGUGGAACUGAGCGCCUGCCCUCUUCUUCCUCCACCUCGGCGUCAGCAUCAACGGCAGACGAGGCACCGCGCAAAGGCAUGGCGCGGGUGAUCCGCGAUGACGCCGGCAACAUUAUCGACAUUGUCGAGGCCUCCACCGAGGACGAAGUCACACCCUGGGGUGCCCCAUUGACCGGCAGCAUUGCAGACAGCGAGGUUGUAGAGACCUUCAUGCCUGCGGCGAGACGCGGCGAGACCAAGGUGCUCUCGCAGCUCGAAAGCUUGGCAGCCCAGGCGGCGCCCGUUCAACGACACACGAGCUCACAGGAGUCGCAGUGGCUCGCCGAUCUCGUGGCCAAGUAUGGAGACGACACAGAGGCAAUGGCGAAGGACCGCAAGCUGAAUCUGUGGCAGAAGACCCAAGGCGAGAUCAAGAGGGCGAUCAAGAAGGCCGGUGGGUUCGAGGCUUUCCAGUAG